AUGGCAACAACAUUACAAGAUUUAUCUACAGAUGAAAAAUCAAUAUUAGAUAAAAUUAAUCAAUUAGCUGAUCAAGUUGAUCCAUUAUCAACUAAAAUUCAACUUUCUGACACAACAAAUUUAUAUGAUGAACUUUUACGAUGGAAAACUGAAGCUUAUCGUAUUAUUGAUCAAGUUUAUGAACAAAAACGAAUUCAUCUUCAAACAAUCAUAGAAGAACAUAAAUCAAAACAAGCAAAAACAAUAUCUGAUACAAAAGAUGUACUUCUUCAAUUACAAAUGAAAGGUCAUGCAACGCGUGAAGAACUUGAACAACUAGAACAAACAUUGAACAAUGUUCAGAAGACUAUCGAUAAAUUCAUUGUAAUUAAAACAAAAUCUUUAGAUACCAAUAAUAGCGUAAUAGUAGAAUUAAAUGAUGAUUGUAAAUCACCUAAUUUAACUCAAUCACGACCAACACAGGAAUUUACCUUCAGUCAUUUGAAUGAAGACGACUUCAAGAGCGAUGGACUACGAUCGUAUGCGAAAUAUCGUAAUCUUGGAAUCGCCAAAGCAACUAAUGGCAUGGUUUUGGCUCAUGUUAUCCGCUUUAUUCCACCGUUUCGUCCUGAGGAGGUAUCGAAGUUGCAUUAUCAUGAAGUCGAUUUCCAGAUGGUCUACGUGCUCAAAGGUUGGGUAAAGUCAAAACUUGAAGGACAGGGAACAAUUACUAUGUCGACAGGUUCCUGUUGGAUCCAACCUCCAUGCAUUAAACAUGCUGUUGUCGGUUAUUCCGAUGAUUGUGAGUUGCUCGAAAUAGUUCUGCCAGCGGACUUCAAAACAAUCAUGCUCGAGUAG